AAAAAAAAAUAAAAAAAAAAUUUAAAUCUCAGUGGCCUGAUGAUACUGUGCAUCUUUCUUUCUCUGUAAUGGCAACCUUGAUGUACCCAUCCAAGAAGCAUUGAGUAUUCUGAUUAGUUGCAUACAUUGUCAGAUACUCCACUUAACACUUGUUUUCCUUGGGGACAAGAAUGAUGUAUUAGACAUUAUAGGAUGGUUAUACAGUGUUUAGGAGAUACCCAAUAAGUGCGUUAGAAUCUUCAGAGAUAGAUUCUUAGAAUACACAGAACAUUGAGCAAGGAAGGAAGGAAAAGUUUAUAGGGCAGCACUAACCUCUUACGUGUAUGUGACAGCAAAGGGAGGGACAGUGAGCUAAGUAAUCUCGCUGGGACAGAGAGCCUUCUGGGGGAUGGUAAAAUACAGGGCUGGAUUAUUUCUGCAAAGUUUAACACAUAGCAUUCAGACAUUACAUUCUGUUAUCGUUGUCAUUUUCUUGUUGAAAUGGCAACCACAGGAUUUUUCAUAGACCUUACUUGGAAGGGAACAGUGCUUCAGAUAAAUAAUAGUAGUGGCUUACUUGUACUCUGUUCUUUCUUCCUUUUCCCACAUUAAAAUUCUGAGGAGAUAAAAGACAGACCUCCUCCCAUAAACCCCUUCCCCCCUCCCAAAGUGAGUAGUCUCACAAACCUUCUUUUGAACUUCUAAAAAUAUGUGAUUGGCUAAUCUGCCUUAAAGUACCAGCAAUACACUAAACGUGGGACAGAGCUAAGAAUGUGUCACUGUUCCUGAGCAGUCAUAGGACAACUGAAAAGCUUAAGGAGGUAACUAUAUUGAAAGUUGUUUAUUAGCAUUUUCCUUAGGAAGCCUGAGGGUCCCUGAGAGGAGACAAAAUUACAACUGCACCUUAAAGUGUGACCAGGGGAGGAGUUGAAGGUUUUGUUGCAGUAAGCAGCCAGAGCCCCUGGAGGGAUGCCUUACUGCAUUAAUUUUCCAAAUCCUUUGGGUGGGUCACAAUUGCACUCCAACAUCCUGCCUGCAAAUGCUAAAUAAAUACCACGUUAACGUCAGCCUAGAGAACCAACGUACUAACUAAUGUAAUUUGAAGAAUCAGAUGCUUAAAUAAUUUUCAGUCGAUAAUUCACAUGCAAAGUCACUGAAGUUGGUAUAUCCAGACGAAUACAUAUUCUCUGUGCAAAUGUCCAGAAGGAUAGCCAGGGUGAUCAAAGGGUCCUUCUCUUAGGAGUGAUUCAAAUCAUUCUAGAUUAUGUCUGCUACAAUAGAACAGUUUGUAUUGCAGUUGUAGGAGGUGGGGCAGGGAUUGGUCUUCACAAUAAUAGGAUGUUAAGAUAGUAUGAUAGGAGCCUCAUUCCUCACUGGAGAGUGGUGAAGACUUAACAAGUGCAGAGCCUUCAGUGUACAGAGAUCAGUAAAAUUUGCAUAUGAUUUUCAAAAAGAAAUAAGGUUUAGAAAACAUUGUGCAAGGGAACAGCCUUCGUACAUGUAGUCACUUGUCCAGCAGUAAUAUAUUUGAUUCUUCAGUUCAAGCAUUCCAGCACGACCUGGUGCAAUGAUUCCUGCUGCCCUCUGUUUAAUUUUCAAGAGUCAGUUUGCAUCUCUACAACCAAACCCAAAGCGUGACAUUUCAUUAAAAAGGCUCAAAAUAACAACUGCUAAGCCCUCAAUUUCUCUCAACUUUGGUUCUGAUGAGAGUGUUUAGUUUCAGUGUGAGACUUUGAGAAAAUCACUUUUUUUUUUUUUGAAGGGGAGAGAGACAAACAACUCAUUUGCAAAGGGGUGUGUUCCUUAUAAAGGUGGUCAGGGAAUCUUACCCUGAAUAACACAGACACCUCAUUUCCCAGAGAAGGAAAUUGUUUUAUAAGUUUUGAGAGGUCUGUCGGCUUGGUAGGUUUACAGUUCUGGUCCCUGGCGCUCGUCUGUCUGCCCCUUAGCUUGUAAGUUUAAGCAAUUGACGCGGCAGGGCUGGGUGCUUUUUUUUUUUUUCCUCUCUCACUUCCCUGCGAUGUUUUGAACUGCCUUCCUACAGACGUCAUACAGCCCUUGAGGAAUAGUUUCUGCCUGGAGAGAUUGAAUGAUAGUUCUCAUUCACAAAGGCUUGGAGUCAGAUUCUAAGCAGGGGAUACAGCGGAAAUUACAUUCACAGGUAAAGCACUGGGCCCAACUGAAGUGCGGAGGGCUCCUUUCUCUGGCUGGCUUCUUGGCUGCCCCAGAAGAGUGUUUGCCUGUGGUCGCCCUGAAAUGGAACUUCCCUGACAGCUCUCUUGUGUUACAGUACCUCGCAGUCCGUUUCUUUCCCUUUCACUCUACCUGAGUACUUUGCGAGUGUUGGGAAUCUUUAAACCUGUUAUGAGAGAUUUGCAGAAAAUACAAAGACAAGUGGCUCUUUCACUGUGUUGGUUUCCCUUGUGACCAGAUGAAGAAUAGAUUCAAAAUUCAGUUCCUCCGUUGGCAAUGCAAAACAUAAAAGAAACUGUUCACUUCCAAACAGCCUGGUGCUGGAGUAAAUUCAGCAUGAAAGAGGAAAGAGCUCCUGUGUCUUAGAAGCUUCCUUAUGUGCUGGACUGGGGGCCUCAGCUGGAUUCCGGGGAAUUUGGAUUUCUUCAAGCAGCCUCCCUUGGAAAUGGAAUAUAUUUAAAAUCAUCUUUGUAGAAAGACAGCUGAAAUGUAUUGAUCAGAAUACUUGAAGACAUUUUUCCCUUUUUCCUUUUGCUUUUUUUUCCUUCUUUCUUUUUGUUUUUUGUUUUUUUUUUUUUUUUCCUCAAAAUGAGCAUUAUUAUGAAGCCAAGAUCCCGGUCUACGAGUUCCUUAAGGACUACAGAGGCAGCUUGUUUUGAUGUGGACAAUGGCACAUCUGCGGGACGGAGUCCCUUGGAUCCCAUGACCAGCCCGGGAUCUGGGCUAAUUCUCCAAGCAAACUUCGUCCACAGUCAACGUCGGGAGUCCUUUCUGUAUCGAUCCGACAGCGAUUAUGACCUGUCUCCAAAGUCUAUGUCCCGGAACUCCUCCAUUGCCAGUGAUAUACAUGGAGAUGACUUGAUCGUGACUCCAUUUGCUCAGGUCUUGGCCAGCCUGCGAACUGUACGAAACAACUUUGCUGCAUUAACUAAUUUGCAAGAUCGAGCACCUAGCAAAAGAUCACCCAUGUGCAACCAACCAUCCAUCAACAAAGCCACCAUAACAGAGGAGGCCUACCAGAAACUGGCCAGCGAGACCCUGGAGGAGCUGGACUGGUGUCUGGACCAGCUAGAGACCCUGCAGACGAGGCACUCUGUCAGUGAGAUGGCCUCCAACAAGUUUAAAAGGAUGCUUAAUCGGGAGCUCACCCAUCUCUCUGAAAUGAGUCGGUCUGGAAAUCAAGUGUCAGAGUAUAUAUCAAACACAUUCUUAGAUAAGCAACAUGAAGUGGAAAUUCCUUCUCCAACUCAGAAGGAAAAGGAGAAAAAGAAAAGGCCAAUGUCUCAGAUCAGCGGGGUCAAGAAGUUGAUGCACAGCUCCAGUUUGACAAAUUCAAGCAUCCCGAGAUUUGGGGUUAAAACUGAACAAGAAGAUGUCCUUGCCAAGGAACUAGAAGAUGUAAACAAAUGGGGCCUUCAUGUUUUCAGAAUAGCAGAGCUGUCCGGUAACCGGCCUUUGACUGUUAUCAUGCAUACUAUUUUUCAGGAACGGGAUUUAUUAAAAACAUUUAAAAUUCCAGUAGACACUUUGAUUACAUACCUUAUGACCCUGGAAGACCAUUACCAUGCUGAUGUGGCCUACCACAACAAUAUUCAUGCUGCAGAUGUGGUCCAGUCAACACAUGUGCUGUUAUCUACACCUGCUUUGGAGGCCGUGUUUACAGAUUUGGAGAUUCUUGCAGCAAUUUUUGCCAGUGCAAUACAUGAUGUAGAUCAUCCGGGUGUGUCAAAUCAGUUUCUGAUCAAUACAAACUCUGAACUUGCCUUGAUGUACAAUGAUUCUUCUGUCUUGGAGAACCAUCAUCUGGCUGUGGGCUUUAAGUUGCUUCAGGAAGAAAACUGUGACAUUUUCCAGAAUCUGACCAAAAAGCAAAGACAAUCAUUAAGGAAGAUGGUCAUUGACAUUGUACUUGCAACAGACAUGUCAAAACACAUGAAUCUACUGGCUGAUUUGAAAACUAUGGUGGAAACUAAGAAAGUGACAAGUUCUGGAGUUCUUCUUCUUGAUAAUUAUUCUGAUAGGAUUCAGGUCCUUCAGAAUAUGGUGCACUGUGCAGAUCUGAGCAACCCAACAAAGCCUCUUCAGCUGUACCGCCAGUGGACUGACCGCAUAAUGGAGGAGUUCUUCCGCCAAGGAGACCGAGAGAGAGAGCGGGGCAUGGAGAUAAGUCCUAUGUGUGACAAGCACAAUGCAUCUGUGGAAAAAUCACAGGUGGGCUUCAUAGACUAUAUUGUUCAUCCUCUGUGGGAGACGUGGGCAGACCUCGUGCAUCCUGACGCCCAGGACAUUUUGGACACUUUGGAGGACAAUCGUGAAUGGUACCAGAGCACAAUUCCUCAGAGCCCCUCCCCAGCACCUGAUGACCAGGAGGAAGGCCGGCAGGGUCAAACGGAGAAGUUCCAGUUUGAACUAACUUUAGAGGAAGACGGCGAGUCAGACACCGAAAAGGACAGUGGAAGUCAAGUGGAAGAAGACACGAGCUGCAGUGACUCCAAGACUCUGUGUACUCAAGACUCAGAGUCGACUGAAAUUCCCCUUGAUGAACAGGUGGAAGAAGAGACGGUAGGGGAGGAAGAAGACAGCCAGCCUGAAGCCUGUGUAAUAGAAGAUCAUUCUCCUGACACGUAACAGUGCAAACACUUUCACGCCUUUUGUUGUGUUUUGUUUUGUUUUUUUUUAAUUUAAGUAGAAAAAUUGUUUCCAAAGUGCAUGUCACAUGCCACAACCAUGGUCACACCUCACUGUCAUCUGCCAGGAUGUUUGUUGAACAAAACUGACCUUGACUACUCAGUCUGGCGCUCAGGAAUAUUGUAACCAGUUUUUUCACCUCCAUGUCAUCGGAGCAAGGGGGACAUCUUCACGAACAGCAUUUUAACAAGAUUUCAGCUUGGUAGAGCUGACAAAGAGAAAAUCAACUGCAAAAUGUUUUCAGUAGAGUGGCUCAUCGGGCAGCCCAAAAGUUGUUAUGAUUUGGGGUUUCUUUACUUUUUAUUUGUUUGCAAUAUUUUCAGCAGAAAGAAGGCAUUACACAGACAGAGUGAACUCAUGGAUGAAGCAACAAAUGUGUCAGGAACAGGACACAGCAUGAAUCUGUUACCAGGAGGAAGAUGAGCCACAGAAAUUGCAUAAUUUUCUAAUUUCAAGUCUUCCUGAUACAUGACUGUAUAGUGUGGUUCACUGAGCUGCACUGACCUCUACAUUUUGUAUGAUAUGUAAAACAGAUUUUUUGUAGAGCUUACUUUUAUUAUUAAAUGUACUGAGGUAUUAUAUUUAAAAAACUAUGUUCAGAACUUCAUCUGCCACUGGUUAUUUUUUUCUAAGGAGUAACUUGCAAGUUUUCAGUACAAAUCUGUGCUACACUGGAUAAAUCUAAUUUACGAAUUUUACUUGCACCUUAUAGUUCAUAGCAAUUAACUGAUUUGUAGUGAUUCAUUGUUUUAUAUACCAAUGACUUCCAUAUUUUAAAACAGAAACCAAUUUUAUGUUGCAGGAAACCCUUUUUGUAGGUCUUCAUUUACUUUGCUUUUCAUUUCAGUCUUUUCAGAUAAGCAGAGUUGCUCUCACUGAUAUUUUUUUCACGGUGUACAAAGUGAAUAUUUGUUCUGUGAUACUUUGAUGUGCAUUCUGUCUAAUGUGUCUUAAGCCUCAUAAACAAUCAUCAGUUGGUGUUGUCUGAAGCAAGUAAGAGAUAUAUAAAUACACAGUAGCUAAAAUGGUCUUUUUUAGGUAUUUUCCUACUUAGUGUCUUCUGAUAACUUUUUGCUGUGUCAAUAGACCCUCAUUUCACAAGUGCAUGUCUUUGUAAUAACCCUCACAUUUUAUGGUCAUUUCUAUUGUUUUCACAGUCAGUUGUAGUAAGAACUUUUUUCCCCUUGUGCUGCUUUAUUAUUUAGUGUGUGUUUGAAUCUCUGUCCAUGUUCACUAGAUGGGGUCUUAUCAAAUAUAUCACCACCAUUCUGAGUGAUGAAAAGUAGCAGGUAGUCAGGCUAGAGUCACCAUUUAUUUCUACCACAAGGCCAAAUAUAAUGCCUAACUUUAACUCUUGAUUUACACAGAAAAGUUAACAGCUAGCUAGGUAAUUUUUAAAAAUAUUAGCAGAGUAUAUUAACAAACACCAGUACAACUAAUGCUCUUUGUUUCCAUGAUUUCACCAUGGGAUUAAGAACUAUAUGAGGAAUAUUCUUGAGAAGAGAUCUUAAGUGUAGCAACUACUCUUCCUUAAUGGAUAGCCUCGUAAUGUAGAAAUUGCUCUCACAGUUAUCACUGGUCCACAAGUAUGUCUUGUAGAGGAGAAUAUUAAAUGCACCAAGGGAAAGAUGUUGAUGAUGCUGCUGGCACCAGAGGUUUGGUAAUAUAAUGCCACCCUAAAAUACUAGGAUGGGUAAGAAGAUUCUACCUAAGUAACAGAGCUAAUUCUUGGCUGCAUUUAGCACCAAGAAAUGUAUUACAAUUUUAGGGAUUACUUUCCAGUAUUUACCUUCAAUUGGCAUCCCGGGGCACUUACCUAGUCUGGAUGUUCUGUCCAUUCCAGCUCUUAGUAAAGUAUUUGCCUUGUCUAUGAAGAAUUUGGAGCCCAAAUAGUCAUUUUUCACAUUGAUAUUAUUUAUGGAAAAUAAACAGUCAAGAAAACUUAUAACCCUGAAAAGCAUUUAUAUUUGGGAUUUCUCAAGGGCCUUCUGGCGACUAAUAACCAAGUCAUCAGCCAGGGGAAAUGACCCAAGCUAAACAUGGUCCCUAUUUGAAUCCCCGGAGAUCCACCAGGGAACUUCUGACAGAAAAAUUCUGUAGCUCUGAUCUGUUCUUAGAGCAGAACAGGAAUCAACUAAUUAAUGAUCAGAUUUCCACCCUCUUCCCUGAAAAAAAAUCAGUAAUCUUUCAAAUAAAGUCCUGUGGUUAGCCAAGUGGUUUCAGAAGAACAGUUGAAAACUUGUUUUAUUUGUUCUUGAUGGAAGUCUAGAAGAAAAGGCAAACAAUCUAGAGUGUAUUCCUUUAUCCAAAAUAUUCUCAUUCCCUCCUCUCACUACUGCUUGGUAUUUCCCCCACAGAGUGCCUAAAAUCUUGAUAAUAAUAGAAAAAAAUAAAAGUAGCAAUAUGUCACAAAUCCGGACCUGAAAGGAUUUGUAACUGCAUUGAAAAGCAGAGUUGUUUUGUUUUCAACUUGUUGGUUUAUAAUGAUCACGUGUUGUGAAGAUACUUACCGAUGGACAAUCAAAUUGUAGAAAAGGCAAUAUCCAAGAGACAGAGACUAAUGCACUGUACAGUCUGCUUAUCCUCUCCCUUCUUUCUCUUCCCUUCUCUCUUGCCAAAGUGUGCUUCAGAAUUAUGCACCGCUUUACAGAGAACAUCCUUUUACAAGUGGCUUUACAUUUCCUAAAAUGCCAUAAGAAAAUGCAAUAUCUGGGUACUGUAUGGGGAAAAAAAGUCCAAGUUUGCAUAAAACCAGUACAUUUCAGCUUGCAAGUUACUAAACACAAUAAUGCUGUUUUAAUUUUCUUUUACAUCACUUAAAAUUCACAAGAAAAUAAUGUAGAUAGAACAAAUUGCAGACAAGGAAAAAAAAACUUGAAUGAAAUGGAUUUUACAGAAAGCUUUAUGAUAAUUUUUGAAUGCAUUAUUUAUUUUUUGUGCCAUGCAUUUUUUUUCUCACCAAAUGACCUUACCUGUAAUACAGUCUUGUUUGUCUGUUUACAACCAUGUAUUUAUUGUAAUGUACAUACUGUAAUGUUAAUUGUAAAUUAUCAGUUCUUAUUAAAACAUCAUCCCACGAUGGGAUGGUGUUGAUAUAUUUGGAAACUCUUGGUGAGAGAAUGAAUGGUGUGUAUACAUACUCCUUGUACAUUUUCUUUUCUCCUGUAAUAUAUAUAGUCUUGUCACCUUAGAGCUUGUUUAUGGAAGAUUCAAGAAAACUAUAAAAUACAUAAAGAUAUAUAAAUUUAAAAAACAUAGCUGCAGGUCUUUGGUCCCAGGGCUGUGCCUUAACUUUAACCAAUAUUUUCUUCUGUUUUGCUGCAUUUGAAAGUAAGGCAAUGGGGGCGGGCUAGGGCUGGGCAUUUUACAUCCAAGCUUUGAACCAAUUGGAUUUCUGGCAACAGCUGGAAUUUAGAAAACCACAGUCAACCUCUGGAAGAUUCUGACACCCUUCUGACUUACAAGCUUUUAAGUACUUCUUGCUGUGAAACAGCACUGGAUAUAUAAUGAUUCUUCUUCCUAUCUCUUCAUCAGGAGCUACUUCAGUUAGUUACAUCUGAUUGUUGUUUUAUUUUUUUUUUAACUUUCAAACACUACUUGGGAAAAUAUAUUCUUGUCCAAUGAUAACAAAAUCAUUUUCACUGCUUUAGCACAUAGGCAAAUGAACUUGAUUUGAAACUAGAGCCAUAGGUCACACGUGAUGGUCAGUCAUUUAUUCAUCAGCUCCUGUCAUGUUAGGAGAAUUUGUGAUAUGAAAAAGAAAAGAAAAUGUAAUAUGAAAAGGUCAUUUUUUUUUAACCCUGGAAUUUGACUUUACCUAAGAUCAACCAAAUUUCUAUAUGUAUGUGAAUCUAAAGGUAAAACAGUUUUUAGAUGAUGCCAGUUCACACAAAAAUGAUUCGCCAUUCUCUGGAAUUUGUUUCUGCAAAACUUCUAUGGCUGUAGAAUUUUAAAAGUUAACCUUGUUGUUGUGGUCAACUCCCAAAAGCGUUGAAAAAUUCCCAGUGGGUGGCAUGGAAACUGCCUCCCACUCUUGCCCAGCCCUCAGAACAUGUGACUUAGUGAGAGAUUCUUUUUCUAGAAAAAAUGAGCCUCCUAUUACUUUAUUUUAUUUUUUUGACACAAACUGUAGAUUUUAGCAGCCCUGGCCCAAAGGAAUUUGAUUACUUUUGUUUUAAACAGUACAAAGGGGACACUAUAAUUAUGAAAAACAUCCUUCCUGAUUUUAGUUGUUUUUAAUUUUAUUUCUUAGGAUAUGUUUUCAGAGUGGUAAAUUGUGUGUGCGCAUUACAAAUGAUGAUGAUUCUUUUAGUGGUUUCUUAGCCUCUUUACAGCCCAUGGGGAUAGUACUGUACAUCAAUACCUUCAUAUGAAAUUUUUAUAUGCAAUGAAAAUAAAAGCAUGGGUUGAUUCUGCCUA